UUUUAUCUGUUUCACUUUUGUAAUGGGUGGACAUUGAAAUGUCAAAAAGACAAAAUGGCUUACAUUAGCUUUAUUUGUUUAGUGUUUUCGACAUUAAAAUGUAACGGUAAAACGUGAAAAGUGUGUUAAGUUAUAAACUUUAGCAACUAUGUUGCAUAACACUGGUCCUUACGGGCCGAACGAGGCGCCGGUUAACAUGGGAGCGCCCGUGAACAUGACACCGAUAAGUGGACACUUGAAUAUAGCUCAUAACAUCAAUAAUUUGAGCAAAAUAGCGCAGCAAGGAGCCCCAGCGGCUAGCGGGCACUACAACCUGCAAGACUAUGCCCAUUACAACCACUCUCCACUAGUUAUUCCAUCACAAAUGGGUCAAUAUCCGAACUAUCAACAACUGGGUUUCCAACAUACAUAUAUGAACCAAAAUGCAAAUAACAUCAACGAUUUGUCGUUUCCAAACGGUAUGUUUCCAAUGAAUUUGAAUAUACAGAACGAGCACAAUGCCAACAUGAUGAAUAGUGCGUACGAUAAGCGAUUUAUCGACGCAGCGAGGCACGACAGUUUACGAGAUCAGAAUGUAAUUAAAACUCCUUUAAAUAUACCUCAGAUACCAAAUAAAUCGUAUAUAAAACAUAACAGCGUCAACAACGACUAUAUACACAGCAAUAUGUAUCAUAACGCGCCUAAUAACUUAGAUUUAAGCAUAAAACCGCAAGAAAAAUUACAAAUAGACAGCACAAGGCGGAAAAACAUUGAAAACACUGUAAAAUUAAUUGAGGAUAUUUUAAUAAAUUCAUCGAAUAAACCUAGAGAACCUCCAAGCACUCCUAUUGUACCGAACAAUACGAAAACCAAUCUUCCAUCAGAUACGACAAUCGAAAAAUGUCCAAAGCCUUCCAGAAACGCAGAAAACACAACUACGAAUACAUUACCACCACAACCAACAAAAGAAUUAUCAAAAGAACCUUCAAAUACGGACAACAAUGAACCGAAUAACACCGUUAACUGUAGUAAAAGCAAAAUGCAGUCCGCAAACGAUUCCUCAAGUGAGGAAGAGGAUUUAAAACCUUUAGGCAUAAUGCAACACUUCAUUACGGAAGACGCAGAGGUCACUACGGACAAUACAAUCGAAAUUAAAGUGGAAAAAGCCAGUUGGGCUGACUCAGAUUGUUACGCACCUUUCGGUAAAGACAUAAAUGGCUUUCAUAGAGAAGGACAGGUGAAUUAUAGGAUUAUUGAAGGCGAUUGUAGCGUUUCUGAAGCGGUUGCUGCUUAUAAAAAUGACAUAAAACCGGAAGGAGUAUUCGAAUGUCCGCACUGUGCGCUCCUAUUUAAGCACCCAAAAAGGUUCCUUAUCCACAACAAAUGGCAUACGUUCGGCCUAACAAACAUUAAACGCAUGGAAAUAGCCAAAGUAAGAGAACAAAAACGGUUCGAACGCAAAGAAGCAAAGAUUAUAGAGCGAAUGAACUCUAAAGAGGUAACGGAGGAAGUGAGCGUUGAUGGCAAAACUUUUCCGUGUAAAGAUUGUGAUAAGGUGUUCAGUUCUAAAAGUAGUUUGAAGAAUCAUAGACAGAGGUCUCAUCCGACCCGUAUAAGAGAAUGUAAGAUCUGUCACAAGUCUAUGUCAACUUGGGCGGCGUUGAGAGUACACAUGGCUACCCACACAGCGGAGAGCGGCGCGGGGUACCAGUGUCGAGAGUGCCCCAAGCGAUUUAAAUACUCCCACUCCCUUGCCAAGCAUUCUGACACACAUUUGGAAAAAACCCACGCCUGUACCGACUGCCCCAAGAAGUUCGGUUCUCAAGCGCUCCUGAAGAUGCACAUGAAGACUCACGAGCGCAUGUUACGCGGAGCCACGUUCAGGUGUACCUACUGCGGGAAAGGGUUCUUUGAGUCUUAUAGUUUACAGGUACACGAAAGAACUCAUCGCAACGAAAGGCCAUAUUCAUGUGAUAUCUGUAACACGGCCUUCGGAACUAACUCUAGUCUCAAGAGGCACUUGAAAGUGUCCCACAGCACAUCAAAACCCCAUCAAUGUACAGUAUGUCGGCGCAACUUCUCCACGGAGUCCAUACGAGACCGCCACGAGUCGAGAGUCCACGGCAAACCCGAAGACUUCAAGUUUCCCUGCAAACAGUGCGCUUGCAAAUAUUUAAAAUUAAAGGAUCUACAGAAGCACGUCUACAAAAUGCACCCGAAAGGUAAAAGGAAGAAAAAGUCAAAAUCUAGCGAAUCUGAAUGAACCUUAUGCAUAAAGGAAUAAGGUACAAAAUUGUAUGCUCCCAAAAGUCAUCUUUAUUCAUCAUAUCAAAAAAGUUUAUCACUCUUCCAACUACAUAUUUAUUUGUAUUAAGUUGACGUCAAUUUUAAAUAUAAUUAUGGUGAAUUACUUUAACUUUCAAAAAAAAUCUACUACUGUAUAAAAAACCGGCCAAGUGCGAGUCGAACUCGCGCACGAAGGGUCCCGUACCAUUAUUUAUAAAACCACAUCCACCUGUUGCCGUUAUCGAUAUCGAGCAAAAAAUACUUUUGUUGUAUGGAAGCUCCCCAAAAUAUUAAUUCUAUUCUAGAUUUCAGUAUUUGUUGUUAUAGCGGCAACAGAAAUACAUCAUUUGUAAAAAUUUCAACUCUUACUAUCACGGUACAUGAGAUACAGCCUGGUGACAGACGGACGGACGGACAGAGGAGCGAAAACAAUACGGUCCCGUUUUACCCUUUGGGUACGGAACCCUAGAAACAACUAUAGAUCUAUAGAAAUUCAGUAGGAUUCAGUUGUUGUUACAAUUUGUAGCAAAAUAGUAAUUGUUUUGUAUAUAAAAAGACAGAAUAAUGUAAAUUAUAUAUCUUUUGAGUGUUCAUUUCGAAUGUUAUAAGUAAUAGAAAUAUUAAUUAGACAAUGUUGUUAUAUAUUUUAUGUAAAUAGACAGUUUUUAUUAUAUUUUAUUUGUUUAAGAUUUGAAAGUUAGGUAAAUAAUUAUAUUGUAUGUAUAAAUAAUAAAGGAUAGAGAAUUUGUUAGCAGACAAAAUAUUUUGUAUAUAAUUUCUUAGUUUAUAAAGAAUAAUAGAAAAAUAGUGGAAAUUACAAAAUUCAGCAAGGAGAUAAAAUUGUAUACUUAAUUAAAUAAUUCAUCAUUAUCAUCCGCCUAGCCUUUUUCCAAGAUAAUACAGGAUGCAACUGAGUACCAGUGUUUUACAAGGAGCGACUGCCUAUCUGACCUCCUCAACCCAGUUACCCGGACUACCCAAUAUAAUUUGUAUAACUUGGUAACUUAACUUUGUGUAAAAUGUUCUUAUUCAUAUCGAUAUUUCAAAUUAGUUUUUGUUAUUUACUUUUAAAAGAUCUAGCGAGAGGAUUUUAAUAAAAACGCGUAUGUAAAGGCCUAUAGAUAAAUUUUGUAAUUAAAUCUAUAGUAGUUAGAUGUUCUGUAAAAUAUCUUCAAGUGAUAUACAGGAAUGAAUUUUAAGCAGUGCACAAAAAAAAAUGGUGGUCCAGAAUCAUUAACAGAACAUAUCUGCAUCAUCAGUAAAAAAUUUUUUUUUUCAUUAUUUUGUCCGCCCUAAAAUGAGCAAGAUAUGGAUACCAACUAUUCUUUCGCGCUUGGAGCAGCGCUCGCGUCAGUAAACCGGUUUCGCGUUGCCACCGUGCCUACUAUGACGACUGUGACCGUACAAUUGGUUCCAAAAUAAACAUCUUUCGAUAUCAAUAACUUUUCUUUUUUGUACAAAAACACGACAAAAUAAAAAUAUACGUAUCUAUAAAACUUAUCAAACUAUAAGUUGACAAAGUUUGCGCACUGGAUAAAAUUCAUUCCUGUAGAGAUGGAGUAAAUGUUAGGUAUUCGGCAUUCGGCUAAAUAAUGGUCAUGGCACAUAUGCAAUGUUACAGCACGGCGUAGAUACAAUCCAGCGAUUAACUUGUCAUUUUAAUUUGACUCUUUAUCGUCGUCUCGACUCGUAUCUCAUAUGAAACAUUUUAUAACAUCAUCUGCUUAGAUUUCUUACCAAUUGUGUUGGGGUCGGCUUCCAGUAUAACCUGAUGCAGCUGAGUUCCAGUGCUUUACAAGGAGCGACUGCCUAUCUGACCUCCUCAACCCAGUUACCCGGGCAGUUAUAUAGCAUUUUAUAUUGUCAAUAUAAAAAAUCGGCGGUGGGGUUACAGCGAGCUUGUAGCUACCGAACGUCAACUGUAUCGAGGCCUUUAUGGGUGCCAUGACCUUUAGGGUUAAAUAGUGAAUAGUUGGGGGAUAGUUAGUGGCCGAAUAUGAUAAUAAUAGUCGUUAAUUUUUAAUUUAUUUAAACCUUACUUCAAUAUAAUUUUCAAAGCCGAAUUCUUCACCUAGGCCGAAUAAAUUAUUCUCCGAAACGUAUAUUUGCUUCAUCUCUAUCAUACAUAGAAAUUAUUAGAAAAUAAAUACAAAAAUAUCACUAAAUAAUAGUUUAAAAAUGUAGAAUAAAAUGUUAUAUACGAAAUUACUAAAGAUAUAGUGAAUUAAAAACUAUAAGAACUA